CAUGAAUCAAUCUGGGCCACGAAAACUCAUGUGAGAUCUCUUGUUGGGCUUGUUCAGAGUGUUUCUGAGGGUGUUUUGUACUUAGUUGUGAGCUAAGUGUUAGCGACUGGUUUUGUACGGGGACGCACUUCAGAGGCCACGGGGCGUUGAAUCUGGUUUCGUUUACAAACCCCGGCUAUUUCAUUUUUUUCACAUAGCAGGAAUUAAACCCCAGGCACCACGACCCAGCUGCAGAAUAGUUUUUCGUUCUGUUCAGCAUGUACCCCGGCUAUUCAAUUCCAUAUCCUACCCCUUACGGAGGCAUUUCCCAUCUUCGAAGAAAAUUUCAAAGCCUCGAGAUGAGGCACGCAAGUACGUAUAUGCUGCUUUCAUCUUCUAGAGUUCUCAAGCACGCUUUUCGCUGCUACUAGUGCUCCCGUUAUAAUUUGUGUCAAAGUGUAAAAAUUAUCGUACCGUAAAUCUCGAAGGAUGGGCACGCGCAGGUUUUUCUUCGGGGACCUGUACAAGCAGGGCGUGUACGGGGGGAAGCAGGCGCCGCUGUUUGAGAGCGGGAAGUUCUCGGAGAAGUUCGACAGUGAGUGGCUGGACCCGGCGUUUGUGGAGGCGGUGAAGACGAAGAACUUCGCCGCCCCGUUCCUGCAGCAGCACAUGCCGGGUGUGUACUCCUUCCCCUGCUUCUCGCCCGCCCUUUGCGACCAGCUGGUGGCGGAGAUCGACCACGCCACCAAGCUGGCCAACGCGGACGACCGGGACGAGGGCAGCCUGGACGGGUACCUGGACCGGCCCAACGGCAUGAACCGGUACGGCAUCGUGCUGAACCAGCUCGGGCUGGAGCCCUUCGCCUCCUACCUGCAGACGCACUACGUGCACCCGCUGGCGAAGGAGGUGUUCCCCGUCGAGGCGGAGGGGUUCGACGACCACCACUGCUUCUGCGUGCGGUACAGCGCGGACAGCGACAGCGGCCUCGACAUGCACGAGGACGACAGUGACGUGACCUUGAACGUGUGCCUGGGCAAGGAGUUCACGGGGGCGACACUAUCCUUCUGCCAUCUGAUUGACGCCCCCGAACACCGGAAGGAGGGCUUCACCUACGAGCACCUGAAGGGCCGCGCGAUACUUCACCUCGGCCGCCACCGCCACGGGGCCGACGACAUUGCCUCGGGCGAGCGCGUCAACUUCUUAUGAGACUGCACGAUUUCGCAUUCCCCUCCUUUGUCAUGUAAAAAGCCAAUUCCAGGCUUUGUUAUUGUUUCCCUCUUGGCACUGUUUACAGGACAGGUUCAUCUGGCAGCCCAAACAGCACUACAACAAUCCUGUGUGGAUUUGUCAUGCAAAAGCUGCACUUUUACCAGCACUUGUAUUGCUGUUCAUGCACUACAAAUGAGGGGGAGAAAAGUUGUGCACUCUCAUACUGCUUGCUGUGGUCGCUGAACGCCAAGUACCGGGUGUCGGACCAGUUUCGGCAGGACCGCGCGCGCCGCGGCACCGGGGACCCGGACCCGCUCUGUCUCAGCUACACGCACGACGCGGACUACACACGAUACGUGCAGAAGCCCAGCCGCGGCGAGGCGGAGCGCCGAGGUGUCAUGCUGCACCAGGUGGAGCGCCGGGCCCGCGACGCGGCGCAGCCGGUCAAGAACCUGGCGGCGCCGGGACAGGAGAUCAACCUGGAGCCCUGUUUCUGCUUGUUUCUGGAGUCGGUCCAGGACCCGGAGAGCAAGAAGAGGCUGGCCGGCUCCCUCGUGGGGCUGUCGGAGUUCAUUCGCACGGAGGAGGCAGCGCGGGGGUCGUCGACCGACACCCUCGGCACGCUGCCGGUCUACUGCGCCGUGAUGCCGGGCGGGGCCUCCCCCCAGGUCCGCGCGCUCUGCAAGGUGCCGCAGGAGGCGGGCAAGGCGGAGGCCUGCAUUCUGGACAUCCGGAAAGGGGUAUACUUUCCACUGUACGGCAAGGGCCUAGCGGAGGGCAAGCCCGGCGAGACAGAGCAAAAACUGAAGGACUUCUACCAACAGUGGCGACGGGGAAAGGUCGAGGCUGUUGCCAUGGAAGGCAUGGAGUAAAAAUGACGUUUCGUGUCGGAUGACAAGUGGUUUCUGAAUAAACUGCAAUUGCAAAUUUGUUUCCCUUUGGUCUCGUUUCUUUCGAAAGAGGAUGUGUUACAACCAAUGAAACUUCAAAACUCUUGCUCCUUUGUUCUUUAUGAAGGCGCUCGCUGUGUGUUUCAAGCUUUACCUCAAAUCACGGCCACGUCAGCGGGAGGUCCUGUCUUCGCC